AUGGAAGAACAGAAAAAACUUGUAAGAAAAAAUCGAAUAUGCAUACGGAAGCAAAAACAGCUUAAAAUUUCCUCGGACGAUGCUAAGCGGUUUACUGGAAGAAGGUUUAGUGAUGCAUCUGUACAGGGUGACAUGAAAUUGUGGCCUAUUAAGGGUUUUCCAGAAUCCGGUGAUAAGCCAAUGAUUGUUAUGAAGAAAAUUACUGAGACCUACCUUGGAUCAACUGUCAAGAAUGUCGUGGUGAAUGUGACUGCAUACUUCAAUGAUUCGCAGCAUCAAGCUAAUAAGGAUGCUGGUAUUAUUUCUAGGCUGAAUGUAAUCCCGAGUGAGACCCUCGCGACUCAACAUAGGCUCCUGGUGAUAGAUGUUGGUAUCGUGAUAAAGAAGAAGAAGAGGUUUGUACGGGGUCAACCUAGGAUUAGGAGGGGUGCUUUGGCUAAGGAUAAUGCACAUAAGUUGGAGGGGCGGCUGUUGGCUAUGGGUGCCUGGAAGAGUAGUAGGGAUGGAAGCGCUAUGUGGACGACGACGACGAACUGUAUUAUGAAGGCGACAAGAGAGGUGUUAGGGGUAUCUAAGGGCUACUAUGGCGGGCACCAAGGCAACUGGUGGUGGAAUAAUGUGGUCCAAGGUAAAGUGGAAGCAAAGAAAUUGGCGUACCUUGCGUUAGUGGAGAGUACCGAUGAGGAUCAGAGGAGAACAAACAGAGUGAGGUAUAAGGAAGCUAGGAAAGAGGCAAAAUUAGCGGUCACAGAUGCUAAGACUAUUGCGUUUGAUCGUUUGUAUGAGGAACUGGGGGGCAAAAGUGGGGACAAUAAGCUAUUUUGGCUGGCUAAAGCGAGAGAGAGGAAGACGUACUUUCAUAAAUUUCUCAAUGAAGAGGGGAGCAGUAGCAUCAUGCUAGGGGAGUGGGGACACUCCGAGAGUCACCAUGACUUUACGUACUAUAGGCGUAUCAAGGUUGAGGAGGUAGUGAAAGCUAUGGGUAAGAUGAGUCGGGGCAAACCGACAGGACCAGACGAGAUUCCAGUAGAAUUUUUGAGGUAUGUGGGUAGAGCGAGAUUUGAAUGGAUGACUGGGUUGUUUAAUGCUAUUUUCAAGACGAAGAGGAUGCCAGAUGAGUGGAGAUGUAGUUUGAUGAUUCUUCUGUUUAAGAACAAAGGUGAUAUCCAAAAUUGUAACAAUUAUAGGGGCAUUAAGUUGUUAAGUCAUACCAUGAAAGUUUGGGAGAGGGUGGUGGAAGAGAGGGUGAGGAGGGCGGUAUCUAUUUCUGAAAAUCAGUUUGGAUUCAUGCUGGGACGUUCUACUAUGAAAGCUAGCUACCUGGUAAGGAGGUUGGUGGAACAACAUAGUGAGAGGAAGAGGGAUUUGCACAUGGUGUUUAUUGACCUAGAAGAGGCGUAUGACAGGAUCCCUAGGGAUGUUCUUUGGCGAUGCCUGGAAGUGAAAGGGGUGCCGGUAGCAUACAUUGAAUCGAUAAAGGAUAUGUAUGAUGGAGCUAAGACUCAGGCCAGGACUGCGGGAGGUGACACCGAGCUUUUUCCGGUGAUUAUGGGGUUACACCAAGGAUCUGUGCUUAGCCCUUUCUUAUUUGCUCUGACGAUGGAUGCCUUGACACACCAUAUUCAAGGGGAGGUGCCAUGGUGUAUGUUGUUCGCUAAUGAUAUAGUUUUGAUCGAUGAGUCGCGUAGCAGUGUUAAUGAGAGAUUGGAGGUGUGGAGGAAGGCUCUAGAGUCCAAAGUUUCAAGUUGA